CGCUUCUGACAGUUGUCCAUAAUGUCGACUUUUAGUUUGUCAUUUUAUUUUAUUGAAAACAAUGCCGGUUUAUUCAACGUAAUAUGAUGUUGUGCAAUGUAUUUUUUCUAUUAUCGUAAAUCAUUAAAUCACGUUAUUCAUUACUAAUUUUAAUAAUUUUUAUCAUGGGGAAAGUUUUAUCAAUCGCUGCUCGGCAAGUGAAUCGAUUCAAUGUCGAGAGCCGUGCUGAAAAAGUGAUAUCGCAGUCGAAGCCAAAACCAGCUCCUAAAUUUCAAUCAAACCUAAAAGAUCUUCAGCGAGUUUUGGAUGAAAAUCCGGAUUUGCUGCAGGAGCUGAACAAAAAGCAUGCACCGCUGGAUGAUAACUUGAAGCGAGUGUUCGUUACGUCAACUGAUGUGAUUCCAGAGCCGACCCACAAAGAUCCGAGCAAACCGUUGCCGUUGAAUCGAAACGCCAUUGACGAAUUUGAGUACGGACAUUUGGAACCACAAUCGGUGCCUAAAGGACACUGCACAUUGCGGCAAGCAAUUGAAUUUAUUUCCAAGCAUCACACUGAACCGCAAAUAUGGACGUCAAGCAAAAUAGCGACUGAAUAUGCUAUGAAGGAAGCGUUGGUUAGCAAUAUUUUGCAACAUUUUAAAACGUUCGAAUUACAUAUACCAGAUAAAACCGCCGAGAAGCGGAAAUUAUUAUUGAAGUCGGAUACAAAUAAAACUCUUGAAUAGAAAUGAA